GACCAUUGCGCCAGUGGCCUGUGGCGGUGUGGUCACUGAACCCCGGACCCCGGGUCCCCCGCUCCCAGCACUCCGCUGUAAUCUUUGGUAGCGGCUACUGCAAGCCGCUGCUCGGUGCCGGUGGAAAAGGCGAGAGUCAACUCUCUGGGCACAGUGCCAAGAGGCAUAGGCGCUUCAGGGGCCGGCCUCGAGGUCAGGUAGCCACCUGGACUAGGGGCUGGCAGCGUCGGAGGCUGCAGGCUGGUGACCUGCAGGUGAGGGCAAGCAGUGUCGGGAGCAGAAGUCCUCAGCCCUGGUUGCACUGUUGGAAGCGCCCGGAGGGCUUGGAACGCUGCAGAGACCUGAUUGAGCUGCCCUGGGGUGCGGCCUGGCUGUAGCAAAGCAGCUGCUUGGGGAGGGUCAUGUGCCGACAACAUGGAGGAAGCUAGCGUAACAUCCUAAACUACGGACUCACCGUUCAGCCCAUCCGAAAGUGUUUUCACGGAAGAAUGUUAAUCAACAUGUCCUGCCUCCUGGUAGAAUUGCUUCAGGUUGAACAGGGUAACGUGAAGUGCCUAAUCCCGCACACAAUGGCAGAAUUUCCCUAGUCUGAACUAGCGCGAGCCCAGGACUCUGCCUCUUAGCCAGCUUCAGCGCUCUCCGCUCCACUGCCUGAGGAAUAAAUGGGAUUAACAGGAAUUGCAAACUGAACUGAAAUCCAGCCUGCCGUGCUCAUAUCCUUUUCUUCUGUUGCCAUUAGCAGAAAAGUAGAUGUCGUCAGAAGACCGAGAAGCUCAGGAGGAUGAGCUGCUGGCCCUGGCGAGCAUUUACGACGGAGAUGAGUUCAGAAAAGCCGAGUCUGUCCAAGGCGGAGAAACCAGGAUCUAUUUGGAUUUGCCACAAAAUUUCAAGAUAUUUGUGAGCGGCAAUUCAAAUGAGUGUCUGCAGAAUAGUGGCUUUGAAUCCACCAUUUGCUUUCUGCCUCCACUUGUGCUGAACUUUGAGCUGCCACCAGAUUAUCCAUCCUCCUCCCCACCUUCAUUCACACUUAGUGGCAAGUGGCUGUCACCAACUCAGCUGUCCGCUCUGUGCAAGCACCUAGACAACCUGUGGGAAGAACACCGAGGCAGUGUGGUCCUGUUUGCCUGGAUGCAGUUUCUUAAGGAGGAGACCCUUGCCUACCUGAAUAUUGUCUCUCCUUUCGAGCUCAAGAUGGGAUCUCAGAAAAAAGUGCAGAGAAGAACAGCCCAGGCCUCUUCCACCAAAGAGCUGGAGUUUGGAGGAGCUACCGGAUCUGACGUAGACCAAGAGGAAGUCAUAGAUGAGAGAGCUGUGCAGGAUGUGGAAUCACUGUCAAGUCUGAUCCAGGAAAUCUUGGACUUUGAUCAAGCUCAGCAGACAAAAUGCUUUAACAGUAAAUUGUUCCUGUGCAAUAUCUGUUUCUGUGAGAAGCUGGGUAGUGAAUGCAUGUACUUCUUGGAGUGCAGGCAUGUGUACUGCAAAGCGUGUCUGAAGGACUACUUUGAAAUCCAGAUCAGAGAUGGCCAAGUUCAGUGCCUCAACUGUCCAGAACCAAAGUGCCCUUCAGUGGCUACUCCUGGUCAGGUCAAGGAGCUGGUGGAAGCAAAUUUAUUUGCCCGCUACGACCGCCUUCUCCUGCAGUCCUCCUUGGACCUGAUGGCAGAUGUGGUGUACUGCCCCCGCCCGUGCUGCCAGCUGCCUGUGAUGCAGGAGCCGGGCUGCACCAUGGGCAUCUGCUCCAGCUGCAAUUUUGCCUUCUGUACCUUGUGCAGAUUGACUUACCAUGGGGUCUCUCCGUGUAAGGUGACUGCAGAGAAACUCAUGGAUUUACGGAAUGAGUACCUGCAAGCAGAUGAGGCCAGUAAAAGAUUUUUGGAACAGAGGUAUGGCAAGAGGGUGAUUCAGAAGGCACUGGAAGAGAUGGAGAGUAAGGAGUGGUUGGAAAAGAACUCAAAGAGCUGCCCCUGUUGUGGGACCCCCAUACAGAAAUUAGACGGGUGUAACAAGAUGACGUGUACUGGCUGUAUGCAGUAUUUCUGCUGGAUUUGCAUGGGUUUUCUCUCUAGAGCAAACCCUUACAAACACUUCACUGAUCCUGAUUCCCUGUGUUUCAAUCGAUUGUUCCAUGCUGUGGAUGUUAAUGGAGAUAUUUGGGAAGAUGAGAUUGAAGACUAGAUAACUCCUUCCGCUCAAGACGUGGAGAUGGAAUGAUUUGCCGUGAUCUUUCGCUGAGUAUACAGAGUAAUCUUGCAGGAUAUUUAGGCUGCCAUUCAUUCACUUUUCCUGUGUAGAAGAUAAGGAAGAACAAGGUUUAUAUUUUCAUUUGGUACUACUGAUUAAGGCACGCUCAAACAUUUUUCAGCAUAACAUAAAUGAAUACAAUUCUAAGCCAAAGCUUCAGAAAAUGGAAACUAAAGAAUAUUAAAUAUUUAAUGUGCCCAAAGCUCCAAAUAGUUAAAAAUUAAAUAUUUAUUUUCUUCUCCAAGCUUGAGGUGAGGAGAAGGGUCAGUAGUUAAACUUGCAGACCCCUUGUGUCUGAGAAGCAUCCCCAUUUCUUCUGGAGCCCCUCAUCCCCCCCCUUACGGCUAGGCUGGGUGGAAGCGCAUUAAAAUUGUGCCUAGAGCCUGUCCUAUUUAUUCCGUGUUCUUCCGCUGCUCCAGCCUCAGCCUCUGCUAAGUGAGUUCUCUUUGGGGGGAGCCCUUUACUCAAUAACUGAUUGGAUGGCCCAGUGUCAUUUUGAUUUUCUGCUUUUGAGAACAGAAGUUUAUAAUAAUUUAAGAAAAUAUUUUUUAAUACCACAAGCACUGUAGGUCACUUGCUAUUUAUUAUUAGUGGGAUAUAUAUAUAUAUAUAUAUAUAUAUAUAUAGUCUCCUGGUUUGGAGCCAAGUUGAGAAGGCAGGCUCAGGAUAACUUGAGCCCUCUUCCACUUUGCUGGGCAGUAGAGCUUGGAUUCAAAACUUCUCCUUGCUACCCCUUCUGCUGCACGUUUUCUCCCCGUACUUUAGAACAGUUUUAGUACUGAUCCCAGCAGCACGUUUUUAUUUCCUCUGCGGAGAUGGAGAAGGCCUAACAUACUCCCGAGCAGAACAAGCUACGUGUUCCUUCGUUGGUUUUAGUUCAGUCCUAGGGCCCCGAGUUCUUGAUGCUCUCUCACGAGCUGUGGGCAGCAGGCUCCCCACCCUGUUUGGCAGCAGCAGUGUGUUGCCUGAUAAUUUUUGUGCUACCUAGAUUCCUGCGUCUGAGUUUUGCUGGCUUUUUGAAAAAAACUCUUUCCUUAAGGUUUGGGGAAUGGCUUGGUAGCAAGGUCACAUUUUUCUAGAAAGAAGAGAAGAAUUCAGCUAGAGCCCGUGAACGUGUUCUUUUUUCCUACCUUGUCAUUGAAAACCGAAGAAUCCCUUUUAACUCUUUUGGAUGUGUGUGUGUCCAAAAAGUCAGCAGGGACUCUGUUUCUGGGCUGUCAAUGAGGAUGCUUAAUCUUAAAAAUAAAAACAACUUAAAAAUCA